UGGAAAAGGUGGGUGUCACCUAACUGUCUCACCCAAAAUGCACACACACACAAACAAUAAUAUUUAUAUAAGUCAGACAGCGCACGUCUCCCUCUAACUGACAUUCACUUGAUUACAGACACUGAAACACAGAGUCAUGGCUGACAACCACCCAGGCUGGCUUUCAGUGAAGAAGAGGGAGAAGAAAGGAGAGAGCAAACCAUUGGAGAAGGAGGAGGAGCAGGAGAAGGAGCAGAAGAAGGAGAAAGUGUUGAAGACAGGAUACCAAGUUGUGAAGACGGGAUACCAACACCAACCAGGGGAGGCGAGGAAGAAGGAGGGAGGCGGAGAGAAGACAGGUGGAACGGAGGAGAUAACAGAGGUAGCAGAAGGAGGAGUGGAAAAUGGAGAGUUUGAAACCAUCGAGCUGCCACCAUGGGAGAUCGUCACUGGGGAGCAGAUGAGUCCGUUCUACUUUAAGUUCCAAUUCCGGAACGUUGAGUAUUCAUCUGGUCGUAAUAAGACGUUGCUAUGUUACCGCGUGGAGACUCCGGAGGGCACCACUGAUCCACUACAGGGAUACAUGGAGGACGAACACGCCACCACACACGUAGAGGAGGCCUUCUUCACACGGGUGUACCCUCGUACCAACUCUGUGACUCAGAUUCCCCCUCUAGGUGUACCGUCCUACCAACUCUUUGACUCAGAUUCUCCCUCUAGGUGUACCCUCGUGUACCCUCCUACCAACUCUGACUCAGACAUAUCAGAUUCCCCUCUAGGUGUACCCUCCUACCAACUCUUUGACUCAGAUUCUCCCUCUAGGUGUACCCUCGUGUACCCUCGUACCAACUCUGUGUACCCUCGUACCAACUCUGACUCAGAUUCUCCCUCUAGGUGUACCCUCCUACCAACUCUGACUCAGAUUCUCCCUCUAGGUGUACCCUCCUACCAACUCUGUGACUCAGAUUCUCCCUCCUCUGACUCAGAUUCUCCCUCUAGGUGUACCCUCCUACCAACUCUGACUCAGAUUCUCCCUCUAGGUGUACCCUCCUACCAACUCUGUGACUCAGAUUCUCCCUCUAGGUGUACCCUCGUGUACCCUCCUACCAACUCUGUGACUCAGAUUCUCCCUCUAGGUACCGUACUCAACUCUGACUCAGAUUCUCCCUCUAGGUGUACCCUCGUGUACCCUCGUACCAACUCUGACUCAGAUUCUCCCCUUCUCACCCACAGGUCCUCCCCACUAGGUGUCCUCAGACUGAGAAAGAAUCUCCGCCUCUACCUCCUCAUGUCCCGCCUCUUCCUGUGGGAGGAGCCUGAGAUAAAGGUGGGCCUGCGGUGCCUGGCAUCACUGGGUGUGAGGAUAAGGAUGAUGAAGCCGCCUGACUUCUUGUCUGUCUGGGAAACGUUUGUAGAGAAGGAGGAGGACAUGACCUUUAACCCCUGGGAGGACUGUCAGGACAACUACCAAUACUACCAGUACAGACUCAACAUCAUCCUCAAGUAAAGGUGCAAAACCAUUUCACACCCCCACACCCUGACUACACCCCCACACCCUGACUACAACCCAUCUACACCCUGACUACAACCCAUCUACACCCUGACUACAACCCCAUCUACACCCUGACUACAACCCCAUCUACACCCUGACUACAACCCAUCUACACCCUGACUACAACCCCAUCUACACCCUGACUA